UGCACACAGAUAAGAGUCAGCCUGCUCAGACAGCAGCUGUAUAGUAGCGUGCUGUGUGUGUUUUUCUGUGUUUGUGUGUUUGCAGCAGGAUGGGCUCCAGCAGCUCCAACAUGAACCACAUCCCAGACGCAGAGGAGCUCAUGCAGGAGACCGGCUUCUCCUCCGCCCACCUCCUCCGUCUGUACGAGAGGUUUGAGUUUCUGGACCGAGAAAAGAGAGGAGAGCUCACGCCUGACGACUUUGAAGCUGUGGGACGGUUGGCCUUAAACCCCAUCGGAGGCCGAAUCAUCGGAGCCUUUUUCUCUCAGGGACAGGAAACGGUGGACUUUGCAUCUUUUGUUCGGAUUCUGGCUCAUUUCCGCCCCGCAGACACAAACCGGAGAGACGGAGCGCCGCAGGACCCGGCCAACAGCCGAACAAGGAAACUCAAAUUCGCCUUCCAGUUGUACGAUCAGGACGGAGACGGAAUGAUUUCCAGAGUGGAGCUUCUGCAGGUGCUGCGGGCGAUGAUGGGGAUUCAGGUGACGGAGGAGCAGCUGCAGAGCAUUGCUGAGCGAGCGAUUCAAGAGGCCGACCUGGACAGAGAUGACGCCAUCUCCUUCGACGAGUUCAAAAAGUCGCUGGAGAAAGUGAACAUCGACCACAAGAUGAGUAUCCUCUUCCUGAGAUGAAGACACAACCUGCUGAGACUUUUGGAUUUUGCAUUUUCAUAGGUUGGAAAUAAGAGGUUAAAAAUCUUCCUCUCUUCCAAAAGUCUGCAUAGGACAAAGACAGAGUCACAGAGAUACAACAAAAUGUGAAGGGAGAAGAGAUCAGGUUUGUCAUGAUCAUUUGAACCCUGAAAGUGAAGCUCUGUUGAAGCAAACAUAAAAGUCCAUACUGUCCUUUUUAGAAAGUGAAUAGGGACUUGUUUUCAAUAGGGGGCAGUAUGUGCUGAAAGAAAGAGAACAAGUGUGUUUAAGAGCAGGAUCAGAGUGUGAGAUAAUGACAUCUUGAAGUUGGAAAAUGAAAUUUAAAGUUGAACUCGCUUGUUAUUAAAUUUGAAUGUAAAGAUGUUUACAAGAAGGAAUGUUUUGGAGAUAUGUAACUGUGCUUUCUGGAUAAUCUGGACGCUUAUUUGAAAAUAUUGUAACAGAUUUGAAAUAAAUAAAUAUUUUGAUUUCAUUUUUAUGAACUA